UUAUCCAUUUGUCUUCCGAUCAUUGAAUCGUUGAACGCCACGAGCCCUCUCUUUUCCGAGGAGAACGAGCUCGUCCAGUUUCAACAAACCCAGAAUCGUUGAGGGUAAUACACCCUCCGUUCCAUUCUCAUGCUUUCCAUUCAUCCACCCCCCAAACCAUGGCCAAAACCCAAACCUCCUUCCUCUCCUCGCCUCCCACAAAUCUCAGCAUCCUCCUCCCGUCCCAACCCACCGGAAAACCCGUCCGCUUCCUCUCCAUCCUCGUCGGUAGGCAAAAUCAAACGCCUCGUCCUCGCCAGCGAAGGCCGGACCAAGCUCAACACCCUCCCGGACCGAGACUUCUACUCCUACCCUCGCUUCGUGACCCACGUCGACGAUGGCUUCAUCUCGACGCUAACUGAUCUCUACCGAGAGAAGUUGGCCCCUGGGUGGGAGAUUCUGGACCUCAUGAGCUCCUGGGUCAGCCACCUGCCAAACGAGGUGGAGUACAAGAGGGUGGUGGGCCAUGGGCUCAAUGCCCAGGAGAUGGCCAAGAAUCCAAGAUUGGACCAUUUUUUCGUCAAGGAUUUGAACCAAGAUCAGGAGCUCCAGCUUGAGAGCUGCAGCUUUGAUGCUGUGCUUUGUACGGUGAGUGUGCAGUAUCUCCAGUGGCCGGAGAAGGUGUUUGCUGAGGCGUUUAGGGUGCUUAAACCUGGUGGUGUAUUUAUUGUAAGCUUCAGCAAUCGAUUAUUUUAUGAAAAAGCAAUCAGAGCUUGGAGGGAUGGAACUGAAUACAGCCGAAUCCAAUCGGUUCUGCAAUACUUCCAAUGUGUAGAUGGUUUUACACAGCCUGAGGUAGUCAGGAAAUUUCCUGGAAAGGUUGAUAAUUCACCUCUUAGUGGGAUUAUGAGAUUGCUUGGGAUGUCUAGAUCAGACCCUUUUUAUGCAGUUGUUGCUUACAGAAAUUUCAAACCAGUAUAUGCAACAAAUCAAUAAGAAUAUGCAUUUUGUACCUUCGUUUGUCAUGUACCUAACUACAAUACAUAAAUCUUUCUGGGAAGUUGAUGGAAAAUCAAUAUAAAUUCUUAGGUUCUUCGUAGUUAAUUGAGGUUUU